GUUACAUUUGCUUUCAACUGUACCAAAUAUCUUUUUGACAAAAUAUGUGUAUGGUAAAAUGUUCAAUAACCAUUUUAAGGAUUGUAAAAAAUCCAGUAUUAGUUUAUUUCCUUGUGCAGUGACAAAACAGCAUCACACAUCAGGAACAAAACAAGCUUGUGCUGCCAUAGGAAACAUGUAUAUUAGGGGAUACACAAUUUUAAACCUUUUAACCAUAAGAAAGCAGACAUCAUCAUGUUACAGGAGCCACUGGAGGUUCAGUGAUCGCUUGAAAGCUCUUCAGCUCCUCUGUGAAUUUACACAUGUUGGUAUAUGUGGUUUGUUAGUAUAUUUCUGUAUGUAUUUCAUGUCUCUACCUCUGUCUGUGUUCAUGUCGUGUCAUUUUCUGAUUCAGUCACAUAUAAAACAACAAAUAUCAUAUUAUACGAAUUGCUGUUCGUAAAGAAAAGGAUAGGUUUGCAGUUUUUUAGGUCUGUCUUAAAACAACAGUCAGGUGUCCAUAUGAACAUUGAAACAGGUUUUUUUUUCCCUUAAUCAUUCCUUCAUACUGGCCAUCAGAAGAUUCUUUCAUAAUGCAAUUGUUUUAGGACAGACUUGACUUGACUUUUUUUUUUUUUGGAGCAGAUGCACGACAUCAGGUGGCGAUGCAGCUUCUCCAUUCUGAGUGGGAGUACGUAUCAACCUUAAACCAGCUAUAUGACAAAUACAAGACACCACCGGCCCACCUGAUGACUGUAGAACCAUAUCAGACGUAUCUGAAGUUUGUGGAGCAGCUGUUACAGCGACAUCUGCUCUUCAGGAACACCCUGCAGGAACGACUAUCUGCUGAACACUGGAAAUCUCUGGUUGGAGACAUCCUGGUGCAGCUUAUCGGCCAAAACGAUGCAAGUAGAUCCUUUUUCUUUCUAAAAAAAUGAUUCAGGUGAUUGCGUUGAACUCUGAGGGUGCUUAUAAUCACUCUCAUUUUCCAGACAGCUUUUUCUGAUAUGUACCUUGGAUACACAACAACCCUGGCAUCAUUCCUCUCCCUGGAGUUCAACAGAUUGAAUCAUCCCGAGAAAAGUCACAAAACACAGAGUGGCCAGAUGGAGAGAGAGGAAAUGAAACUGCUGUCUCUGCUGUUGGCACCCGUCUCUCGCAUCCACAGCUACCUGAGUCACAUUCAGAACUUGUUGCAGUGGACGGGUAAAGAGCAUCCUGACUGCAGCCUCCUUCUGGGAACCGAGCGAGCGCUGAGGGGCGUUUUGUCUCGCUGUCAUGUGAUUCUGGAGGAAGAUGUCCGAUGGGAGGAAGCAGAGGGAGCUGGAGGAAGCAGCUGCUCUGACUCAGCAGCCGGAGGAUCCUCUGCAAACUGUUGCAUGAGGAACCAUCAUCCCAGAGAGUCUCAGAAGGGCAGAGGGGAGUCAAACCCUGCAGCUCAGAGAGACGACCAGCAGGCCGUUAACCUCACUAACGGGAUUGACGGCUGUCACUCGAUGCGUCUGGAGUGCUGGUCCUGCAGUCCGGUGAGGAGGAAGGGCUGUGGAAGAGACCGGGCGGCGGUCCUGAACCAGCCAGCGCCCUGCGGACACGCUUAUUGCUCCCUCCUCACUCCGGAGACUCCAGGAUGGGGAGAGAACAGCGACUCAGGCCAGGGCACCUUCAGCCAGCCCACUGGGAAAGGCACCAACGAGCUGGAGGCGCCUCAUGCCAACCACAGCCUUGAUGACUGCGAGACAGACCAGGACGACACCUCGGCCUUCGACUACUCCUCUGUCACCUCCUGCAGCCCUGAUGGCACCCUGCGCAGGGAGACGAUGGGCAGCAACAGUGGGGAGGACGAAGAGGAGGACAGCCAGGUGCCGGUGCUUUUGAAGCCCUCAUUAAGCCAGCAGCAGCAGCAGCAGUCCAGAGAUGCACCCAGAGAGAGGACUGUGUGUCUGAGGUGGCAGAUUCCCAGAUUAACCCCUCACCCUCCUCUGAGAAACCCCGCAGGUCAGUGUGUGGACGGGCCCACGCCAUGCCUCGUCAGCUCCUACGGGAAGAGGCUGGUCAGCGUCAGGAAAGGGUCACCUCCUCUCCAUCCGAAAAGUGCCUUCAGGCCCAUCUGGGAUGACCCGUCCAAACAGGCUGAUUCGGCUCCAGAGAAGGACAACAGACAAGGCUUCGUACCGAUCCAAGCUACAGCGAGGCAAAGCUUUCAGAAUUUCAACCCGAGCAGAGAAAAUCUGAGACCAGGCCUGGUUCAGCAGCGAGGCGGCCACGCAGCAGUGCAGAACAGUGGAGGAUUGUGGGACGACAGCGAGGACAGCGAGGGACCCUGCAGCACUGUUUGACCCCCGCUGUCCCUCCUCAAGAGACCAGAAGACUCUCAGUGGGAAAAAAAACCAAACUGUCACACAUAAAACUGCAGAUACUGUGUUGGAGCUCUGUGACGGACGGACUCAGAAACAGCAACAUAAAUGCAUGAACGAACAAUCGGUGAAACAAACAUGGAUUUCUCUUGAUUGUCUGUUAAAUCUGAAUCCGUUUAGCUGUUAUAUUUCUUCAGGAUGACACUUGUAGGAUAAAUAGAUAAAACUAAAAAAGGGGGUUUGUGUUUCAAACAGCAGCAGCAGCAGGAGCACAAGUCUCACAAUGACACUGCAGAAAACAUCUAAUAUGAGGAAACAUUGGCAAGAAAAUGAAGAAAUCACACUUUCCUUCUUGAUUUCUAUUUUUAAAACCCCACUUGAAUAUGCUUAACCUUAUUUCCUUGAGCAUUCAGAGAUGUUGCCUGAUAUAAGACCAGGAUAUAUCCAUCUGUAGCUUAAGAAAAGUGCUAAAUAACAACUUUUAUAUAACUUAAUAGCGAUCAGAGCUUUUUUCUUGCUGUAAAUAUUCCUCCUGUUCAUACUGGCCAUUAGAAGAUCCCU